AUGAGCCUGGUAGAAAGGAUCUUGGCUCUUGGCUGGAUGACUACCAUCUUGGUGGUACAGAUGUCUGUGGCAAAGCACUCCAGGUGGGCACUGAAGACCACGCCCCGGGUGUUGUGGGACUUGAGUGCGGAGGAGCUGGAGUGUGUGCACAACUUUCUGAUGAGCAGGAAGGAGCUGGAGCUGCAGCCAUCCACCAUACUGACCUUGGCCAAGAACUCUGUGUUCCUCAUUGAGAUGCUGAUGCCCAAGAAGUAUGAGGUGCUGGCUUUCCUAGAUAAAGGAGCCAUGCUUCCUUUACGGGAAGCCCGUGUCCUGAUCUACUUUGGUGCCCAGGAGUACCCCAAUGUCACCGAGUAUGCUGUGGGGCCGGUUGAACAGCCCAUGUACAUGCGAAAACUGAACCGCAAGGGAGGCCAGGAACUGUCAUGGGCAUCCAGACCCAUGUCCAAAGUAGAGUCUGCCCUCCUCUUCCAUGCCCUGAAGAUAGCCACCAAGCCCUUACAAGAGUUUUUCUUUGAUACCACUGGCUUCACACUGCAGGACUGCAAUGGUGGCUGCCUGACCUUUACCAAUGUUGGCCCUCGUGCUAUGACAUUUGGAAAGCGCCAUAGCUGGUUUCUUUUGCAGCGCAUUAUGGAUGGCUACUUCCUGCAGCCCACAGGACUAGAGAUCCUUAUGGAUCAUGGGAGCACAGAUGUCCGGGACUGGAGAGUAGAGCAGCUCUGGUAUAAUGGGAAGUUCUACAAUAGCCCAGAGGAACUGGCUCAGAAAUACGCAGCUGGAGAAGUGGAGACCAUGGUCCUCGAGGAUCCACUGCCCAAGACUACAAAGCAGUCUUCACAGUUCUCCAUCUACAAGCCCCAUGCUGAAUUCCUCAUGCCCAUCAGCAAGGGUGGCCUUCGAGUGGCCCAGUCCUAUCCUGAAUUUCCUAUGCCCAUCAGCAAGGGUGGCUCUCGAGUGACCCAGCCCCAAUUCUAUCCUGAAUUUCCUAUGCCCAUCAGCAAGGGUGGCCCUCGAAUGGCCCAGCCCUAUCCUGAAUUUCCUACACCCAUCAGCAAGGGUGGCCCUCGAAUGGCCCAGCCCUAUCCUGAAUUUCCCACACCCAUCAGCAAGGGUGGCCCUCGAAUGGCUCAGCCCCAUACUGAAUUUCCCAUGCCUAUUAGCAAUGGUGGAUUUCAAGUGGUCCAGCCUUAUGUUCUAUUUCCUAUGACUAUCAGCAAGGGGGCCCCUCAGAUGGCCCAGCCCAAUGUUCCCCGCUACAAACUAAAACACAACACUGUGCUCUAUGGAGACUGGAACUUCUUCUUCAAGCUGCACUCUUCUUAUGGGCUUCAGCUCUUUAAUGUACACUUCAGAGGUGAACGCAUUGCCUAUGAGGUUGGUGUGCAAGAGGUUAUGGCACUGUAUAGAGGACACACAGCUGCAGGCAGGGAGACAAAGUACAUGGAUGUGGGCUGGGGCCUAGGAGGUAUUACUCAUCAGCUAACUCCUGGCAUUGACUGUCCCCAUGAAGCCACCUUCCUGGACGCCAUCCACUACUAUGACAGUGACAGUCCUGUCCUCUCUCAGCGAGCCCUCUGUAUCUUUGAAAUGCCCCUUAGGCAGUACUUUUACUCUAACUUUAGAAAUAGCUUCAGUUCCUAUGCCAGGCUGAGUGGACCCAUGCUUGUUCUGAGGACAACAUCAACGAUCCACAACCACGAUUACAUCUGGGACUUCAUCUUCCACUCCAAUGGCAUGAUGGAAGGCAAGAUGUAUGCUACCGGGUAUGUUCAUGCCACUUUCUAUACCUCAGAAGGGCUGCUCUACCACAGUCGCCUGCACACCCACCUACUUGGAAAUGUCCACUCUCACCUAGCACAUUACCGCAUUGACCUGGAUGUGGCAGGUACCAAGAAUAGCUUCCAGACACUGAAAAUGAAACUCGAAAAUAUCAUCAACCCCUGGAACCAGAGAAGCCAGCAGGUCAAGCCCAUCCUCCACAAGACCCAGUACUCCUGGGAGCGCCAGGCUGCCUUCCACUUCAGGCAGACUCUGCCCAAGUACCUGCUUUUUAGCAACACUGAAAAGAAUGAGUUGGGUCACGGCCACAGCUACCGCCUGCAUAUCCCCUCCAUGGCUGAGCAAGUGUUGCCCCCAGGCUGGCAGACCUCACCAGCUUUCACGUGGCCCAGGUACCAGCUGGCAGUGACUAAGUACCAGGAGUCUGAGCGGUUCCACAGUAGCCUUGACAACCAGAACCACCACUGGGCUUAUCCUAUGGUCUUUGAGAACUUCAUUCACAACAAUGAAAACAUUGAAGAUGAGGACUUGGUGGCCUGGGUGACAGUCGGCCUCUCACACAACCACCAUUCUGCGAAUGCCCCCAGCAUGGCUACACCGGGGAACUCUGCGGGAUUCUUGCUCCAGCCAUUUGAUUUCUACAACAACUUCCAGAGAUAUACAGCCUAUCCAACUCGUGCCCAGUGUGUGUGCUGA